UUCCGUAUAUUUUCCAAAAGGACUUGAUGCAAACUUUUUCUUCAGACAGUUCUAUCAUCUUUUCAUUAUGUAGGCGCUAAAAUUAUGACGUAAAUAUGUUCUGAAUAGUAAAUGUCUUCAUUCAGCUUGCAGGAAAUCAUCGUAUCUUGGAAUGAAAGCUGAAAAAAUGGGUUAAAUUGGUUGGAGAGUGAAGACGGUAAAGAGCUAAUGGCGUCAUUUCUUUUCGAUUCGAGGAAGAAGCAUAGUUGGAAGAAUGCACCAAAGAAAACCAAGAAACACGAAUGUGAAGAGAGUGAAGAAGAAAUUUAUUCGAUAUGCGAUUAGAUUUUAAUCGUAUGGCUCAAGACUUACGUUGUUAGUAUGGCUCACCAACGACAGAAAGGACGAAACCCCAAGCCAAUUAAUAUCGCGGCUGAACUAGCUAACUCCUUGCUAAAUGUUGUGAGGCACAACAAAAGACGAAGAGCCCUCGAAUUAAUUAAGAAAGGAGCUGAUGUGAACUUCACUUUUCGUAAUGGAAAGACCUUAUUACUCAGUGCCAUUUUCCGCAACAGUCAUAUCGUUUCUGUUUUAAUCGAUGCUGGUGCUGAUGUCAAUGCAACUGAUGAUGGCGGCAAGACAGCUUUGAUGUAUUGUGCUGAACAUGCACCUGACAACGAGGGAAGAUAUUCAAUGCAGAGUAGUUCGUAUUAUCAGAAAUUGGUUACUCAAUUAAUACAGAAAAAAGCAGAUGUGAAUAUGACAGAUAAUAAUGGCAAAACAGCUUUGAUAUAUGCUCUUCAAAGCAACAAUGAAAUUGUGGCUGGUGAAUUAAUAAAAGCUGGGGCAGACCUCAAAGUCAGUGAUAAUCAGGGUAUGACUGCUCUGAUGUAUGCUGUUCAAUCAUGUGAGACAAGGCUAGUUGCUAAACUACUAGAUGCUGGUGCUGAUGUCAACAUAACUGAUAAUGAAGGCAAAACCGUGCUGAUGUACAGUGUCAGCAAAUGUAAACUUCAAAAGGUUAAAUACAAGUCAAGACAGAGUGGCUACAAGGCAGUUGACACCAGUGAUGUAAAAAAUAUGACUCCUUCCUUACUUAUGGCUGGUGCUGAUUUGGGGAUCACAGAUAAUCAGGGUAGGACUGCUUUGAUGUAUGCUGUGCAACAUGGGCCCAGUGCAGUUGAGGAAUUAGUAAAGGCUGGUGCUGAUGUGAAUGUAAUUGAUAAUGAAGGCAAGACUGCUCUAAUGCAUCAUGCUCUACAAGGCACUAAGAAAAAAGUGCACUGGAUUUACCAUCAUGAAGAGUUUGAUACUAAAGACAGAGUUGCUCUUCUAUUGAUUACAGCAGGUGCUGACAUUAAUGUUACAGAUCAUCAAGGCAAAACUUCCUUGAACUAUUCCGUUGAAUGUAACAAAAAGGAUUUGGCAUGUGCAUUAAUUAAUGCUGGUGCUGAUAUUAACGUUGUUGACAAUCAUGCCAAAACUUCAUUGUUCUUACAUUCCUCAAGAAUUGGCAAUAAAGGUGCAGUUCAACAGUUAGUUAAAACUGGUGUUGAUAUCAAUGUCACUGAUGAAAGUAGAAAAAGUGCUUUGAUUUAUGCUGUGGAAAAUGAGAAUUAUCAUGUAGUACAAGAAAUACUUGAUGCUGGUGCAGAUGUCAACAUAGCUGAUUGUGAAGGAAAAAGUGUUUUGAUGUAUGCUUUGGAAAAUGACAAAGACUUGGCACAUGCAAUACUGGAUGCUGGUGCAGAUGUCAAUGCAAUUAUUGAUGAUGAAGGAAAAAGUGUAUUGAUGAAUCUUGCUCAAUAUAAUGAAAACAGUAAAGUAAAGCCAAGGACUACUACUUCCAUAUCCAAUGUUCAUGGUGAAGCACUUAUUACCAAGUUAAUCAAAGGUGUUGGAAAUAUUGACAUUAUGGACUGCCAUAGGAAAACUGCCUUGAUGUAUGCAAUCCAAUUUGACAAUACAGCCAUAGCUUGUGCAUUGAUUGAUGCUGGUGCUGAUCAUAAAAUUAUUGAUGAUGAUGGCCGAUCUGCAUUGUUCUAUGCUGUAAUCACUGGUAAUAAAAGUAUGGUUAAAAGAUUCAUCAAAGUUGGCACUGACCUGAAUAUUGCUGAUAGUCUAGGCAUGACUGCUCUGAUGCAUGCUGUACAAAAUUCCAAAACAAGUAUAGUGGAUGAAUUACUAGCAGCAGGUGCUGAUGUUGAUAAAGUUGAUAAUAAAGGUAGAAGUGCUCUGACAUAUUGUGCUCAAGAUAAAGACAAUAGAGAAAUUUCAUCCAUCUUUCAGAAAAAAAGGAUGUAUGAUAGGUUAGUUGGCUUUGAAGAUAUUCAGCAAAAAAUCAUUUCUAAGUUGAUCAGGGCUGGUGCUAAUGUGAAUAUUCCUGAUAGGCAAGGCAAAACAUCUUCACUUCAUGAAGUCAUGGCUUGUGCAUUACUUGAUGCUGGUGCUGAUCAUAGUGUCAUUGAUGAUGAUGGUAAAUCUGCAUUGUUCUAUGCUGCUAUCAAUGGUAAUGAAAGUGUUGUCCAGAGAUUGAUCAAAGCUGGUGCUGACAUGAACAUUACUGAUCAUCAGGAUAUGACUGCUCUGAUGCAUGCUGCUAAAAAUGGUAGAGCUAUUGUAGCUAAUGAAUUAAUAAUUGCAGGUGCUGAUGUCAACAUGACUGAUGAUAAAGGCAGAAGUGCUCUGAUACAUUAUGCUCAAAAUAGUGGUAAAACAUAUUCCACAAUUGACUUCCACAAUAUUGGUUUUUUAUUGAUUAAAGCUGGAGCUGACAUAGAUCUUUCAGAUAAUCAGAAGAAAACUGCUUUAAUGUAUGCUUUGCACAAAUAUAAUAUACUUCUAGCACAUAAAUUGAUUGAUGCUGAAGCAAAUGUCAGCAAACUGGAUAAUCAAGGGAAAUCUGCUUUGAGUUAUUGUUUUCCAAGUCGCUCCUUGCCUUAUUCAUAUGUUGAUUUUGAUUAUAUUUUACAUUGUCACAAACUUAGUGUUUCAUGUAAGUUGAUUAAGGCUGGUGCUGAUGUAAACCUCAUUGAUGAUGAAGGGAAGACUCCUUUGAUGUAUGCUGCUCAAUACGACAGUGAGAGUUUGGUAAUUGCACUGAUUGAAGCUGGUGCUGAUGUCAAUGUGAGUGAUGUAAAAGGUAGAACUGCUUUGGUUCAUUCUCUUCAAAGGCAUCAUAAACAUUUAGCUCUUGUUUUAAUCAAGGCUGGUGCUAAUGUCAACACAAGUGAUCAUAAAGGUCAAACAGCCCUGUUCCAUGGUCUAGACUAUGAAGAUGUUAUUCAUGCAUUGAUUGAGGAUGGUCAUGCAUCUGUGAAUAAGAAAGAUCGCUAUGGCAGGUCUGUGCUGUUUUAUAGCUUUAUCAAGAGUGUAACUAUAUCACAUUAUCUCCUUGAAAAAGGAGGAAACCUGAAUUUGAAAGACAACUGCAACAUGAACAUCAUUUCCUUUUGGGUUGAAAACAUAUUGGCAAGAAAAGAAGAAUGUUUUUCAGUUCACUUCCAAAAGCUAAAUACCUUGCUUGAAGUACAACCUAAUAAAAUAUUUGAAGCAAUUAUUAAUUCAGUGUUUUGCAAGAUCUUUCAUCUAGCACAAAUGCAAAAAAGAAAAGGAAGAAGAAGACUAAAACAUAUUUUUGAUGCAAGCAAAAUUAUUGCCGCAAUGCAGUCAUCUAAAAAGUACAUUGCAGAACAAGCUGCCACAGAGAGAAAUAAAAUUUUAAAAGUCAUAAAGUUUUUGAAAGGAGACAGGUAUCUGUAUACAAAUCUUCUGGAAAUUGCUGACUUUCUAGUUGAAUUGGGUGCCAACCCCCAUUAUGCAGAUUCAGAUGGAAAUACAGCACUUCACUAUGCUACCUGCCUGCCUCUAGUUGGACCACAUGAAAUGACUCUUGUAAUGACAAUGUGCCACAAACUGGAAGAUCUGGGAGUAUCAUUCAAUGCAAAAAACCACAAAAAUGAAACUCCUCUUUUGUUUUGUUUGUCUCAGAAAGAGUGGAUAAACACUAGUAAAACUAGCUCUCAAGUAAAAAUCUUGGUUGAAGUCUGUAAGUUUUUAUUAGAAUAUGGAUCAACUGUAGAAGAGACGACAAGAAGUGGGAAGACAGUUUUUCAUUUGGUUGUGGAGCUGUUUCAAGAAGGUCUUUGCUUGAAUGAUGAGAAAAUAGGAAAAGAAGUUUUAGCUGAAACAGUAAAGCUACUUGAGUUGUUUCCAUGUUCAAUACCAAGUACUAAAAUGGCUGUCAACAAAAGGGACACCAAUCUCAACUCUCCACUUCAUCUUUGGGCAAUGCUGGAACUACAUUUAAGCUCAAAGAGUGACAGUAGUGUUGUUGACCACAAUGCCUUGAAGAAGAACCUCUUAGGCACAAUUUUUAAGCAUCUUGUUGCUUGUGGAGUAAAACUAAAUGGAAGAAAUAACAAUGAGGAAACACCUAUCCAUCUGUGCAGAUCAUGGACAGCUCUCAAACUCUUAAUAGAUGCUGGAGCAAACCCUAAAGUCUUUGAUAUAGAGGGUCGUUCACCUCUCCUGGUUGCAUCAAAGAAUAUUUCACUCAGAGGUUAUGAUCAUAUUUAUCAAGAUGUUUCACAAGAACCAAAAGCUUUUUGGAAAACUGUCCUUGACAACAAUCUUGAUCCAUGGGCUGUAGACAAGCGUGGCACGUCUGUUUUAAGCAUUCUCAUUCAAGAAGAAACCUUCCAUUUGUCAAAAGCAUUGGUGGAAGUUGCUUGUGAAGAGAACUACAUUCAAUCUGAUACCAUAGCAGUUUCACUGUUAAAUGCUGUUUGUCAAGACAGCUCCACACGCAAGCAGUGGAAGAGCAUCCUYGUAGAAAAGAUUUUAAAGUCAAGGAAGACUAAACCCAUCAGUUAUGAAAGCAAUGAAGAUACUGCACUUCAUCUCUGCUGUAGAAACAUCAUAAAACCUUCAGAAGAACCAUCUCCUGAUGAAGAGAUAAAAUUAUUUUACAACAAAGCCAAUACUUCUGUGAUUAGUGCAAAAACAUCUGUUCAUUGGACAAUUGCAAAACAGCUUCUUACCUAUGGAAGUGAUUGUAAUGCUCUUGACACAUCUGGCCAGUCUUGUUUGGACAUAGCCAAGAAGUGUCCAGCACUAAAAAGUCUCCUGUUAAAACCAUUAGACGUUGAGUUUCCAUUGGUAUUCCAAUGGACAUCCAUAUCAACAAAGUACAAGCCCAUACUGUCAAAAGUUGCUAGACGACAAGAGUGCAAGCUGCUAGACUCAUAUUGGUAUUAUGAAACCAAUAUACAAAAGGGUUCAUUUGGUCUUGUUUUUGCUGGGAUGAAUGAGAAAGAUGGCAGGGAAGUCGCUAUCAAACGCAUUGAAAAGUUGCGCARCCAACAAYUASAARMAGAUAAGAARGAAAUMAAAAMUCUUAYUGCYCUUGCAGACUGYGWACAGGUGGUUMRAUAUUUGUCCUWYACUGAAGAUGAACACUUUUGYUAUGUGAUUUUGGARCUGAUGGAAGGAAACCUUGAUGAUUACCUUGAUGGUGCUGCAUUUGAUGAUGCAAAAAGUGUUCAACUCUGUGGUGAUGUGUUAAAUGGUCUGAAUUAUCUACAUCAACAAAACAUCUUCCAUCGUGACCUCAAGCCAAGCAAUAUUCUGUUCAAAACCUAUCCUAAAUUGUGUUUGAAAAUUGCUGAUUUUGGUCUGAGCCGUCRUAUUGAUUCCCCUGGCAAUUACACUUACCUUGGAGGUUCUGUGGUUGGCACAAGAUGUUGGAUUGCUCCAGAGGUGCUCAAGUUUUCAACUAAAGAAACUAAACAAAAAACUAAACUAAACAAUGGGGCCUGUGAUGUGUUUUCAGCUGGACUUGUCCUUUAUUAUAUUCUGUCAAGGAAAAAACAUCCUUUUUCCCCAGCUGACUGUAAAUAUAAAGGUGAACUGCAGAUCAGCAAUGAAACAGAAGCCAAUGUUAUAAAUGAUAGGAAGGAGAGUUUUGAUGGCACUCUCUUUUCUGAAGCUACUGACCUCAUGCUUAGUAUGCUGGACAGUGACCCAAAUAAACGACCCACUGCAGCAAUGACACUGACACAUCCAUUUUUCUGGUCUGAGAAGAAGAAGAUGGACUUUUUAUCUGCUGUUGGAAAUCAGCCAGAAUUUGAAUGCCCUCGUGCUUUAUUGCAUAAAAGAACACUGCCUUUGAGCAUUCUGGAAAAAGAGCUAGAUGGUAAAGUGAAGAACAUAAUGGCACACCCAACCUGGAUUGAUGCAAGAUAUGUACAGAUGCCUACUAUUUACAAAGAAAUGACACAAAAGCGAAGGCUUUACAAUACUUCAUCUGUAGUGGAACUAGUGAGGUUUAUACGAAAUACUCUUGCACAUGUCUCUGCAGACAAGCGACCAACCCUAGUAAAACAACUUGUGCUUGAAGACUUUGUGUUUCUGGAAUAUUUUCCCAAUCUUGUUAUGGAAGUUUUCAAAUGUAUUAAAAAGCAUAGAUGGGAUUCAAGAAAAGAAAUCAAGUACCAACUUGGUUAAACRGCAGUACAAAUUAAGACCGCUUAAAGAGCCUUUUCAACCUAAAGGAAGAAAGGAAGCCUUGUAGUACAUCAUCAGAAAUAAAUGGCAAAACCAGAUAUAGGGACGUAGCCAGGGCCCUCCUCCCUCUAUCCUCACACUGUAGAAGCCAAAACAUCUGUCUAGUUUUGCAAUUUUCUGAAAAUGGGUUCUGGGCAAAGCAAAAUCCUGGCAAUGCUUCUGUAGAAAUACUUAAAAUUAAUAUUUUUUGUAGUUUUUGUAUGGAAAUAACUGAACUAAAGCUACUUUGCUUUUAAUUAUUACUGUUAAAAACACACAUAUAUAUAUAUUAUAUAGAUUCAUGAUGCUUUACGGUGUGACUACUUCAACCAAAGCCACCUUGACAAAUUUUCUACAAAUUAUCCAAUAGUGUUUGAGCAAUUAGACAAUAGAUUAGCGGCAAAUUUUGAAUUUAGAUAUUCUUCCGUUGUUCCGGUUGGUAAACCCAAGUGAUGAAGAAGAGCUUGUAAUAUAUUUUCUUUGCAAAUUAGUGAUUUGUGUCACCAAAGGUAGAGAAAAAUAGCAAUGUACGACUUCAAAUAUGACAGGAAAAAACAGUCUUUAUGAUUACAAUUUGUUUCUUCCAGACAAAGAUAUAAUCAGGCUGACACGGUUAGAUCUCAUCACCAUGUUGCUCUGCAACAGCACGUUUAUUUGACAACAAAGGUGCCAACAGUCUUCUCAGCCGUGUAAACCCAUGGAUAUUUGUCCGAUUUGUAGCAAUUUCAUUUUUCAGAUUCCUACUUUUGAUUGGCUAAUUUGUGGAAAAUUUGUUGAGGUGGCUUUGGUUGGAGUGGUCGCACUGUAAUAUUCAACAAUAAUUUAAUUGAUGUAUUGGAAAAAGAAUACCUUCCUAAAGUUGUAGACAAUGAAGACACCCGUGUGAAAAAAAGAGCAAUAAUUUUUUUUUGUUAUUGCAUAUACUUAAACGUUUUCCUAAGGAAAAGAGACUACUGUCAUCAUGACAGAUAUAUCAGCCCAGCACACUASGUGUCCUAUUCAAAGGGACAUUCAUGCAGAAUAUUUGAAGCUACUCAUUAAAGGACUAAUAAGUAUACAGACUGGACAUCCAAAAAUAUAUUUCUCUACAGUCCUCCYCCUCUCCCAGGUCUAGUGUUGUAAUGAUUUGGUGUUUGACAUUGCAUGGCAAGAGGGAGGAAUACAGAGGUCCAUCAAUUUGGAAUAUGUGCAUAAAUGCAAGGUCUCRACCAUUUWGUCCAAGAUUUGAGUARUCUCAACCAUUUUGUCCAAGAUUUGAGUAGUUGCUAGAGUGAAGUCACUGAUUUUUUUAUUKYRCGGGUUAAAGGCCUUAAUAAUCUUUUAGGGUAGUUUUCACCUCAUAUUUGCAUCUGACAAUCGAAAACUAAAGUAAUCAUAGAUUAUAAGCGCAUAAAAUAAGUUUUGUAGACUGUAAAUAUURUARUCUGUUUAGACAGGUGUAUUGCAUYAGCUAUACUCAUAAUAAUAUUAAGGGAAUAAGAGAAAAGGGUACAUUUUGUAGAUCAAGUUAGGAGCAUGGAAUUUUGUACUCAUUAAAGGCAUUUACGAUUCA